AUGGCUCGUCGUCCAAUGUCGUACGGCUACCAGCAAACUGAAGGUCUUUCCGGUGCGGAGUAUUUAGCUUCCAUUUAUGGAACUGAAAAAGAUAAAGUCAAUUGCUCAUUCUAUUUUAAAAUAGGAGCUUGUCGCCAUGGGGAGAAAUGUUCCAGGACCCAUCAUCGACCCACAUUUUCGCCUACUGUUUUGUUACAAAACUUUUAUCAUAACCCUAUUGUUGACGUUCGUCAAGCCGAUGCAUUUGACAAAGUGGGGAAACGAAACGCAGAAGAACAAGCAUACUUUGACGAGUUUUAUGAGGAGGUAUUCACGGAGCUUGAAAGGAAAUAUGGUGAAAUUGAUGAGAUGAAUGUUUGUGAAAAUAUUGGCGAACAUAUGAUUGGAAAUGUUUACGUAAAGUUCGUUCGCGAAGAAGACGCCGAAAAAUGUGUUAAAGAUCUUGAAAAUCGUUGGUUUAAUGGUCAGCCAAUAUAUGCGGAACUUUCGCCAGUGACGGACUUUCGAGAAUCGCGAUGCCGCCAACAUGAAGUUACCACGUGUUGUAAAGGCGGCUUUUGUAACUUUAUGCAUUUAAAAGCUAUCAGCCCUGAAUUGGGAGAGCGUUUAUUUGGCCGUAGAGGGCGCCGGGCGGACUCGGCUGGUCACUACCCUGGAUCUCGCUCUAAUCGGGCGAGUUAUAAACAUCGUUCUCGUUCUCCUCGUGAUCGCCGCCGUGAGCGUGACGAUUAUCGCGAUAGACGUGAGAAAUACUGA